AUGACAACUCUUGUUCCUGCAACCCUCUCCUUCCUUCUCCUCUGGACCCUGCCGGGGCAAGUCCUCCUCAGAGUGGCCUUGGCAAAAGAGGAAGUCAAAUCUGGGACCAAAGGGCCCCAGCCCAUGUCCCCCUCUGAUUUCCUGGACAAGCUUAUGGGGCGAACAUCAGGAUAUGAUGCCAGGAUUCGACCCAAUUUUAAAGGCCCACCUGUGAACGUGACUUGCAACAUCUUCAUCAACAGUUUUGGCUCUGUCACUGAGACUACUAUGGACUACCGGGUAAAUGUCUUCUUGCGGCAACAGUGGAAUGACCCACGCCUAGCAUACCGAGAAUAUCCUGAUGACUCUUUGGACCUUGAUCCUUCCAUGCUGGACUCUAUCUGGAAGCCGGACCUGUUCUUUGCCAAUGAGAAAGGGGCCAACUUCCAUGAGGUGACCACAGACAACAAGUUACUGCGCAUCUUCAAGAAUGGGAAUGUGCUCUACAGCAUCAGGCUGACCCUCAUUUUGUCCUGCCCAAUGGACCUCAAGAACUUCCCCAUGGACAUCCAGACCUGCACAAUGCAGCUGGAGAGCUUUGGCUACACCAUGAAUGACCUCGUGUUUGAGUGGCUGGAAGAUGCUCCUGCUGUCCAAGUGGCUGAGGGGUUGACUCUGCCCCAGUUUAUCUUGCGGAAUGAGAAGGAUCUAGGCUACUGUACCAAGCACUACAACACAGGGAAAUUCACCUGCAUCGAGGUAAAGUUUCACCUGGAACGGCAGAUGGGCUACUAUCUGAUUCAAAUGUACAUCCCCAGCCUACUGAUAGUUAUCCUGUCCUGGGUCUCCUUCUGGAUCAACAUGGAUGCUGCCCCUGCUCGUGUGGGCCUUGGCAUCACCACUGUGCUCACCAUGACAACUCAGAGUUCUGGCUCCCGGGCAUCUUUGCCUAAGGUGUCUUAUGUGAAGGCAAUAGACAUCUGGAUGGCUGUGUGCCUGCUCUUCGUGUUCGCUGCCCUGCUGGAGUAUGCUGCUGUCAAUUUUGUCUCCCGUCAGCAUAAGGAAUUCAGGCGACUUCGAAGAAGGCAGAGGCGCCAACGCAUGGAGGAAGAUAUCAUCCAAGAAAGUCGCUUCUAUUUCCAUGGUUAUGGCCUAGGCCACUGCUUGCAGGCAAGGGAUGGAGGUCCAAUGGAAGGUUCUGGCAUUUAUACCCCCCAGCCUCCAGCCCCUCUUCUAAGGGAGAGAGAAACCAUGCGGAAACUUUACGUGGACCAAGCCAAGAGGAUUGACACCAUCUCCCGGGCUGUCUUCCCUUUCACUUUCCUCAUCUUCAACAUCUUCUACUGGGUUGUCUAUAAAGUGCUACGGUCAGAAGAUAUCCACCAGGCACUGUGA